AUGCAGAUGGUUUGGAAUGAGAUGAUGCAAGCAAGGAAAUUCAUUGGUAGGAGAGUGUAUGCGAAGUUGUUACCUGCCACUCCUAAUGUUGCCUGGGCCAAGCUUAUUCUCCACAAUAGAGCUAGACCUCGUGCAAUUUAUACUCUCUGGAUGAUCUGUCAUGGGAAGUUAGGCACAAAAGUCAGAUUGCAUCGGCUUGGUAUGGUGAACAAUAACCAGUGUGUUUUUUGCCCUGCGGCGGAAACCAUUGACCACCUAUUUUUUGAGUGCGAUACUCUGAGAAAGACUUGGGUAGAAAUACUUCACUGGAUUGGUAUCUCUCACAUUCCCGGGAAUUGGAAUGAGGAGCUAAAAUGGAUGUUGAAUUGUUUUGGAGGAAAAGGAUGGAAAGCUGAGCUUGUUAGAUUAGCGCUGACUGAAACUUUACAUGAGUUGUAG